AUGACCGUCAGCAAGCCAAUCUGGAGCCUCCACGGCACCUGGACUCGCCUCGCCGCCAACGACCGCCUGCGCCGCUCAUCGCAAGCCCUCUCAAUAAUCCGCAAUACCGCCUACAUCUUCGGCGGCGAAUUGCAGCCCCGUCAACCCGUCGAUAACAGAAUCGACACCGUUGCUCUCACCACUAGCACCAAGCCCACCGCCAAUCCCAGACCUUCCUCCCCGCUCUCCCUCACGCCUGCGCCCUCCCCCCGCGUCGGCGCCCCCUCCACCACCCUCCAACAAUCCCUUUACAUCUUCUCCGGCCGCGGCGGCACCGCCAUGGCUCCCCUCGACGAAGCUGGGGCCGUCUGGGCCUUCGACACCCUCGCCUCCACCUGGACACUCCUCACGCCCGCCGACGCCACGGCUCCGUGCCCACCGCCUCGCAGCUACCACUGCACGGCCAGCGACGGCGCGCACAUGCUGUUCAUCCACGCCGGAUGCCCUGCUUCCGGCCGCCUCAACGAUCUCUGGGCCUUUGACACGAGAGAGCGCACGUGGCGCCAGUGUAAGGACGCCCCUGGGCCGGCGCGCGGCGGCGCGUCGCUUGCAUUCAGUGCUGGGAAAUUGUACCGGAUGAAUGGGUUUGACGGGCAGGCGGAAGUCGGCGGCGUGGUAGAUGAGUACAAUAUCGCUACCGAUUCGUGGCGCAGCAACGCGUUCACGGCAGAUGGGAAGGACGGGCCGGAGGCGCGGAGCCCGCUGAAUUCGGAGCUCAUCGCCCUGGGAUUCAGAACAAGCAACUUGACUGCGACCAUGGCGCCGAGCUUUGCAGCGCACAAGGAUGCUAAGGAGCUUUCCAAUGUCCUGCGCCGGCUGGAGAGCGAGCUUCAUAGCGUCAAGGCCAUUAUUGGCAUGAUUGACGGCGUGGAAGACCCGCAGACCGCUAGUGUAGCUGCCAAAUUUGUCCGGCUGAAAGAUGUCCAGUACAAGUUGGUGAAGCUGCUGGAGGAGCUCGAGCCGCCCAAGGUUGGAAAACCGAUCGGAAGAGGCAACAGCUGUACUCGGCAGCUUGUGCAAGGAGAUGCAAACGGGAAAAGGCCCAAGACGGCGCUGGAUGAGCUUGAACAAGCCAAGAGCGCGCUGUUGUUGAAGAUCCAAAUAUCGAAUGUCGGCGUCAUCAAGACAAUGGAGAAGCGACUUGUGGCGAGCAACUUUUGGCGGAUGCAGAAGUCAUUCAACGCAUCGACAAAGCAUUGCGGGAGGAGGCCGUUGGCUGCGAAGGGCUGA